GAGAGAGACACCAAGGGAGCAGAGUUCUGAGUUAAAGAAGCAGCAGAAAUGGCCUCCUCGCAACUCCACCUGACAGCAACUCUUCUCUGUCUGGCCAUGACGGCGGGCAUCAUAUGUGGACGAUCGCAUAUGGUUCUGAACUCGGCACUACAGGCGCCUCACGGCACUUCUGCGGAUGAAGAGAUACCAGAGAGAUACUCGCUUUCGGAGCUGGAAUGGCUGCUCAGUAACUCAGAUCCGGCAGUUUUCCAGCCUGACAGUUCAUCUCUGGGAUCACUACACAGUGGACUGGAGCUAAUGAGAAGAGACACUAAAGAAGAGAGGAAGACCGGCUGCAAGAACUACUUCUGGAAAUCCAGAACGGCAUGCUAAAACUUGAAGCUAUCAACAGUGCUGGCCGUCAUGUAUUCUUUCCUUUUCUUGAAUCCCAUCAUUUGCUGUCUUUUGAUUAAUUUUAGACAUUAUCUGUGAAGAGUUUUCCACAGUCUCAGUAUUAUAUUGCAAUAAAGUAAAUACAGCAUAAAAAA